CCUAAUUGUCAGACGAGAGAAGCAUGUAGUAGUAACCCUUGCCAGAACGGGGGAACCUGUCGACCGGUGAAUGGAAAUGGUUAUCAAUGUGUUUGUCCUCCUGGUUUUUCUGGCAUCAAUUGCGAAAUUCGUACGUAUUUUCUCAUUAUACGUAUUUAGUAAGACUGUCGUGUGCUAGUUUUAUUGAAUGACGCAUUUGAUGGGUGCUGAUUAUCGUUGCUUUUGAAUAUUUUGUUUUACAGGUGAUGUUUGCAUUCCGAAUCCAUGUUUGAAUGGAGGGCAGUGUGUGCCUAAUGGUGUGGCUGGCUUCGUGUGCCGAUGUCCUGAAGGCUUUACAGGGAAUCGGUGUGAAGAUCGUGAUGUUUGUAAUCCAAAUCCUUGUAGAAAUGGUGGUGUUUGUGUAUCAAAUGGUAAUGGAUCUUAUCAAUGUCAGUGUAAGACAGGAUAUCAGGGUGUAAAUUGUGAUCAAAUUGAUAUAUGUGGUGUUAAAAAUCCGUGUAUCUGUGGAACAUGUCAGAAUGAUCCGUAUAAUGCUCAAGGUUUUCGAUGUUUUUGUCCUCCUGGAUACAGUGGUGAUCGAUGCGAGAAGCUAUUGAAUUGUUUGGAUCAAGGGCAAGAGUGUAUAAAUGGUGGUGAAUGUAUUCAGCGACCUUUAGGUGAUUAUAUCUGCAGCUGUUCACAUCCUUAUUGUGGUUUGAGAUGUGAAUCACAGCGGCCAACAUGCACUACCGUAGUCCCUUAUACUCAGUUAAAUGCCGGAAACUGUGCACCGAGUAUUUGUAAUAAUCGGGGUAUAUGUCAACAGAAUGCAUACAGCGCUACGUGUUAUUGUUCAACAGGAUGGUCCGGAAGUCGAUGUCAAUAUACAGGAUCGAAAGUGUCAGAAGCGACAGUGUCGGUGCCAAUAAUUGCUUAUGCACAAUCAAAAUUAGCUCAAAUAUGGCAUGCAUCCGAGUUACAACAACAAACAUCAAUCAAGGCAUACAAACAAAGUUUAUAUUGUUGUUUAUCAGAUGAUACCAUACCUGAUGGAUUUCAUGGAGACUGUAAACAAGCAGAAGCAAGUCCGUUAGCUUCCGAUAAAAAAAUAGCGGAACAUGUUGGAAUUUUAGUGAAAAAUAAAUUGAAGAUAAAGCAGCACAAUAAAUGA